AUCCACAAACUGUCAUAAACCUGUCCUGUCGUUAAGGGGAAGCACGUAAGAGAAAAGGACUAGACAAUGUUAUUAUCCAAAAGUAGAGGUGUAUUUGCGAGUCUUUGUUUGUGGAGUAUCUUGUUCUUGAGUGUCAAUGCGAAGACGAAGAAGAAAGACGAGACCCAGUCGAUGAACGACAUCUACCGAGGGAGAUGCGCUUCUAGGUGCCUCAGCUUGCACAGCACUCGCAUAGCGACGCUCUCCAAACAAUAUCAGGUAGAGAACAAUGGAUCCCUGGGCUGGUGUCAAAAUCAUAAGCAGUGUGCCAAGUGCCUGGAACCAUGCAAGGCCUCUUGGGACCUGAAGAGGAGCCAGUGCCGGGAGCUCUGUGCGCGCUCAAUUCCCAAGAAGCACUGGGAGUGUGUGACGAGUUGUGAGUUCCUGCGCUCGGUGGUGGCAGUGAAGCAGGGUGACUGCCCUGCCCCUGAGAAGGCCAGCGGAUUCGCGGCGGCGUGCGUGGAGGGAUGCGAGGAGGACAGCGAGUGCCCUGCCAAGAAGAAGUGCUGUUCCAACGGCUGUGGGCAUACCUGCCAACCUCCCAAGAACCUUUACAAAGGAGCCCCUCUGAAGCCCAGGAAGGAACUGAGUUUUGAGGAGCUGAGGUCUGGUCAGAUGGAGGUGAGCUGGUCCUCCCGAUUCAACGUGUCGGCCGAGCCGGUCAUCUACGUGGUCCAGAGGAGGUGGAACUACGGAAUCCAACCCAGUGAGGAUGCUGCUACACAGUGGGAGGUGGUAGCACAGACCACGGAGGUGAAAGCGCGGCUUGCUGAUAUCCGGGCAGGCCGGUGGUACCAGUUCAGAGUGGCAGCAGUGAACGUCCACGGGACCAGAGGGUUCACCACUCCCAGUCGCCACAUCCACACCAAGAAAGACCCCUCCAGUCCCCCCACCCCAUCUGAGCUGAGGGUGUCCAACGUGACCUUUGGCCCCGGCGGCAGGACGGUGUCGGUCCGGCUGCACUGGUCCAUCCCCUCAGACCUGGAUGUCCCUGUACACCACUACAAGGUGUCCUGGAGCUGGGCCACAGGCAGCACAGGGGCCACAGCACGACCUAAGACCAAGAGGAGGAAGAUGGUCAAUGGGGGGCAGAGGGAUGUGGAGCUGGAGAGUCUGCAAGCUAACAGGAGUUACAGUGUGGAGCUACAGGCCGUGUCCUACUGGGGACAGAACCCACUGAAAAGUCCAAAGGCCACCCUGCACUUCACCACACGACCCAGGGAGGAGCAGACGUCUGGCGCGCGCCCGGUCCCCGUCCCCAGGGGCUUUAUCCCUGAUGUGUUGGAUGUGGGCACCCCCUUCUACCAGGAUGGCCAGCUGCAGGUCCGGGUCUACUGGCAGAGGAGCACAGAUCCCACUGUAGUUCGGUAUCGUGUCCAGUGGGUACCAGAUUACUGUGGACACAACCAGACCAAAGGAGUGGACAAGAUCAUCACACAGGAGGGCUUUGCCAGCCUCCCUGGCCUGCUCUUCUCCUGUAAGUACAGCGUGAACCUCCAGCCACUCGGUACUAAGGGACGUGCCCAGGCAGAAACCACCUUCUUCUUCACCCCCUCCUGUGCCACCAUCAGGGCCAAGAGCCCCAAACACAUCGCCUGUCCAGGGCAGGAAGGACCCUCUCCUACUCCUCCUCCCAAGGUGCUGUCCAAGGCAGAAAACCUGACCGCCUCCUUCAUGGCCGACAAGGGUAACAUCACAGCUGUGUUUACAUGGGAGGUGUCUACGCCACUCCCACCCCAACAGCUCCACGGGUUCCAGGUCACAUGGGCGGAAGUGACCUCAGCCAGUCGCCAUAACAACCUUCCCAACAGCCUAAUCUCACAGUCCCAGAUACUACCACCAGAGCGUAACGUCCUGGUAGUGUCAGGUCUGCAGCUAGCCACCCUCUACAGGCUGGAGAUCCAGGUGAUUGGAGCAGGAGGGGAGGGUCCUGCCACCACCAAGACCUUUUACACUCCCAACACCUCGCCAGUCCUGCAGCACAGACCCAGACUCAGGAAUCAUCACCAGCACCAGCCCACCAUAGAGAGGCACUGAGAGAUCAGCUGACCAGAACUAACCUCCCAGACUCAGGACACUGGAGAACAGCCACCAACAGAAGGGAGAAGGGUCCUCCUUCAGACAUUACUCAGUCAUGUCUCUACUGUUGUAUGUGCACCCUACCAAACAAAGAAAUUGCUAACAAGUAGCCCACCGAUAAACAGUUCACCCAACCCUUCAAUGAGGAAAUGCUUCUGAAUUUUGCAUUUGGAUAUGAGUCUAUAUACAGUAGAUAAAGAUUCCUUAGAGACCUUGGCUUUGCAUGUAAAAUCCUAGUGUUUCCGGCAUGAAAUUAUUUGUAUUACAAUCUCCUUCUCUCCGACAAAUAGACAAUGACUUGUCACUGUUAAAUCAUUACUUUUUUCAAUAUAAAAGUGAUAUUAUUUUACGUUUUAAUAGGCUGAAGAUGUAAUAUUGUGUCCCAACUCUCAUGUACUGUAAAUGCUGUACAUAUAGUUUGUCUAUAAUUUAUUUGUCUACAGUGGUUUAUUUGUAUGUAUUACUGUACACCGUUGUCUUUGUGUUACAUUUGACUGUGUAUGUUCUUUCCAGAUCACCCUUUUGUAAACUGACAUACCCUGUAUAGAGAUGUUUUAAGUAAAAGUAAAUUCCAUGUCAAAAAG